AUGGGUUUGUAUGGAGGCAAAGAUUUAGGAUUUGGCAUUGUAAUAGGAAGGUCUAACUAUGGUUCAGAUAUAAGAAAAAUAUUUGUAACAAUGGGAUGUGAAAGAAGUGGCACAUACCAACCACCGAUUAGGAAGUUGAAACAUGAUGACACCAUAUCGAGAAAAUGUAAGUGUUUGUUUAAUUUAUGUGUAUAUCGUAAGGCGAAUGAAAUAUGUACAUUUAAUAUGGUGUCUAGUGUAUAUAAUUAUGUAUUGUGUCUCAAGUUAGUCGAUCAUCCCAUUGUAUGUUGUCUUAUUCCAAAGGAGAAGGAACUUGUUUCGAACAUGACAUUAAACAUGAAGGCACCAAAAAACAUACAUGCAACUUUGAAAAGGAAAAAUACUUCAAAUGUUUCAAAUAUCAAGAAACUAUACAAUGUGCAUGCCCAAAACAACAAGGCGGCAACAGGUCCAAGAUUUGAAAUGCAACAACUAUUGAAGCUUUUGGAUGAUGAUCAUUAUGUUUCUAUGUACAGAGUUUAUGAGGAUAAGGUCAUUGUUCUAAAUAUAUUUUGGUCCCAUCUUGAUUUCAUUAAAUUGUUUAACAUAUUUCCCAUUAUGCUCAUAAUUGAUUCAACAUAUAAGACCAACAAGUAUAGGUUUCCACUCCUAGAAAUUGAUGGUGUUACUUAUACUGAGAAGACUUUUUUAAUGGAUUUUGCAUUUUUGAAAUCCGAAAAAGAGGACAAUGUUACACGGGUUUUGGAAAUAUGCAAGACUAUGUUGAAGAACAAAAAAAAACACGUCAAAAAUUUCUUGAAAUAUGUUGAGAGAAUUAUUUUGGAUCUGGUGAAAGAGAAGAUUGUUUGUGCAUGGACCGAUCAGUUGGGUGGCAACAUCUCUUGGGCGGGAUUGAAUUUUAUUAAGCAUGAAGCCAAGUGA